AUGGCUUCUAUUCGCACUCUUACUACCUUUGCCCUGGCUCUUGGUGCCGCAGCCAACCCUGCGCCUGCUCCUCAGCCCGAAGCUGAAGCUGGCAUUGCUGACUCCAUUGGCCCCGUCGCAGUCAAGCUGGAACCUGUUUCAGUCUCUUUCACUCUUCCCAAUGUCGAGCUCCCAACCCCGCCUGCGGUUAACGCUGCCCGGAGUGUCCCCAACAUCGAUCUUCCGGUUCUUCCCACUACUCUCCUCUCUGUUCCGACUCUCAACCUCCCCCGGGGACUCACGGCGCCGACUCUCGCGCCUCCUGCGCUCCCGGCUCUGCCCAUUCUGUCUGCCGAUGUCGCCAUCCCAGCCUCCACCAUCUCACUGGCUAUCGAAGUUCCGGACGUCAACAUCCCCCGAGGACUCACGGCUCCGACUCUUGCGCCUCCGGCGCUCCCAGCUCUGCCUACCCUUUCUGUUGAUGUCGCCGUCCCGGCCUCCACUGUCUCAGUUGCCGUUGAGGUUCCGGAUCUGAACAUCCCUCGGGACCUCCCCAUCCUGUCGUCUCUUCUCUCACUUUCGGUCAAG